CUGGCGGAGCCUCUUCCGCAGGGCGGGGGGCGCAGCCAUCUCCACCAGAAAACGAGCCUCAAUAAAAAAGCCGAGAGCCUUCCUGAGCGGCCGCGGGCUUCCUCCAACUGAGCCGCCGGAGGGGGCUGCGGGGGUCGCCCGCCGGGAAGGGGCGGUGGGAACGUGAGGCGCUCGCAGCCUCCGCCCGGCCUUCGGGGGCCGCCGGCACUCCAUCGCCAGCUCGGGGGACGCCCGCGGGGAUCACGGCAGGCGGAGCGGCCCACGGGAGCCCAGCGGUCCGGAGACAGCGCUGGGCCUCUGGCGCUCCCCUUUGUGUGGAGCGGAGCUACGCGCGGGCGUGGCUGCAGGACGUGCGUCCGCUCGCACGGCAGCGGCGGGGCGGCGCGGCUCGGCGGAGAGGCACCCCUGGCGCUGGUGGCCGGCCGCGCUUAGGCGGGGAAGGUCCGGGAACGCCGCCGCGCCGUGUCCAUGGACUAGCUGAGGCAGCGGAGAGAUCCCCCAUUACGCCGACGGCCGCCUCGCCCUCCGCCCAACUUGGCGAAACUUAGCGAGCAGGCUGCUGCCCCGGCACUGUGCUAUAGAAGAUGCACUAUUACAGAUAUUCUAAUGCAGAAGUCAGCUGUUGGUACAAAUACCUGCUCUUCAGCUACAACAUUGUCUUCUGGCUAGCUGGGGUGGCCUUCCUUGCAGCUGGUCUCUGGGCAUGGAGUGAAAAGGGUGUAUUGUCUGAUCUGACGAAGGUGACUGGUCUUCAUGGUCUGGACCCAGUGGUUCUUGUCUUACUGGUGGGAAUAGUGAUGUUUACAUUGGGAUUUGCUGGUUGUGUAGGGGCACUGAGAGAAAACAUCUGCCUUCUGAAGUUUUUCUGUGGAGCUAUUGUGUUUAUAUUCCUGCUGGAGCUGGCAGUGGCAGUUUUGGCUUUCCUGUUCCAGGACUGGGUGAGGGACAGGGUCAAGGAGUUCUUUGAGAAUAACAUUAAAUCCUACCGCGACGAUAUUGACCUCCAGAACCUCAUUGAUUCGCUACAGAAAAUUAACCAUUGCUGUGGUGCCCAGGGUCCAGAUGACUGGGACUUUAACAUAUACUUCAACUGCAGCAGUGAAAGCAAAAGUCGUGAGAAGUGUGGCGUUCCUUUUUCCUGUUGUAUACCUGAUCCUGCUCAAAAAGUUGUGAAUACACAGUGUGGCUAUGAUGUCAGGAAGAAGAGCAAGAGUCAAUGGGAUGAUCAGAUUUUUGUCAAAGGAUGUAUUCUUGCACUUGAAGCUUGGUUACCCCGAAAUAUCUACAUUGUUGCAGGUGUCUUCAUAGCUAUCUCACUGCUCCAGAUUUUUGGGAUUUUCCUAGCCAGGACGUUGAUUUCUGAUAUUGAAGCUGUAAAGGCAGGUAAUGCCUUCUGAAUAUAAAAGCAGACACAUGUUGCAAAAAAAGUGUAUUUUACGGUUAUCGGUCGGACACCAAGGUAGAAGAAAUGCACAGACCAUGAAAUAAUCCUGUUACUAAAAGUCUUAUGUGGAUUUUACCCUGCUUAUGCUUUUUUGUUGGAAGCUGGUACAGAAGAAAACCAACCCUGUACACACACACCUGCCUACCUUUUUUCUAAUGAGACAACUUGAUGCACCAGCAUUGAUCUCUGAGGAAGAAAUGGAAUUUCCCAAGACAUUGGUGGAACAGAUUUUAAAGGUUGUUGCAAGGAGAUGUGAAACUGCUGUAAAUCCUUUCCUUGAAGGAUUACUGUGAAGAUUGUUCUGUUUUCACUCCCAACUGGCAUCAAUCUCAAUGUAAUCUUUUCAGAAGGCAUGCUGAUUUCUUCAUGAUCUUGAAAUAUUUUUAAUCUCUACAGUAGAGUCAUGCAGUCAUUUUUUGGCAAGAUAUCCAGCAAUGUAAUUGUCAUGAUAUUGGAAAUUGGAGGGAAAAAAAGUCACAAAUUAUCUGGUUCUCUAAUUGGUUUUCAGUUGUACAGAAACAGUGAUAGUUCUGUUUGACUGGGAAAAAUGUGAUGUCUUGGGAGCAGGAACUUGUGCUCAGCAUCAGAACUUGAGUAAACAAUGCUGUUUGAAAAUGGAAGCCUUUUCUCAAGAGGGGAAAAAUCUUGACUAUCUGUAGCGCUGUGUGUUAGAAAUCUCCAUUUAAGGCAAGGGGGUGUAAAUCUCUGAUGCUGUUUCAUGUCAAAAAAAUGUAAAUAUUCUUUAUUUAUAGAAGAAAAAACUCUUUAACGAUACUUAGCUUUUUAUUGAUCAGAAAUACCUUUUACAAGUGCUGUCUGCAGAAAUUUCAAAAUGCAGCUUGUUUCAGUUGGUAGCAAGCAUGCUGUGCUAGCUGUUGACGGUUUUGCUUUUCCUCUGGUUUCUCUCAACUGCUGUAUUGAUCUUCACAAGUCCUAACUGCUAAUAUCAGGAUUGAUGAAAAACAUUUAAAUUAGUCAUUGAUCCCUAUUGAAAUCGCCAUUUGAUGAGGAAAUACACAUUUAGUGAAAGAUUAGUAGUUGCUGAAUGUUUAAAUCUUCUGUAAAGCUAUUGAAUCAUCAGUUCUGCUUGCAUUCAGAUACCUGGUUCAAAUGCCCGUCACAAUGUGGUGAACCAGAAUGGCUUCUUCACAGUAAUCUUCUGCACCAAACUGAACUACUCCUGCUGAAGUGAUUAUUUUUUUUUUAAUAUUUUUUUUAAUUUUUAUUGGAAGAAAUCUAAACUCUCUUUCUUCCUGCCCUCCCUUCUUGGGGAUUCAGUAGAUGGAUCUGUAUGUAGUUCAGUAAGAGUUCCAGACUACUUUAAAAGGCUUUGGCAUAGUAUGUUUAGCUAUAAGGUAGAAGUAAUAAAAGCGCAGAGUUCUUGGAAGUAGUUGUAGCUGUCAGUUUUACUGUGGGGCAUACAACUAACAUUGUUUGCUGCUUCCAGUGACACCACUUUCUUCAGGGAGAGCAGGUUAAUUUACAGUGCCUAACAUAGUGUAAAUUUUAGAAAAGUAUAUAUUUUUACUAUGAUAUUUUACUACAUGUAGUCUGCCUGAAGGAUUUAAUACUUCUAUUUCCAAAAUAUAUGGCUUUCUUGGGAAGCUAAACUUCUAAAUAUCUCUCUACUGUCCUUUUUUCUAUUAUGCAUGUAUUAAUGAAUGUUUCACUGGCAAAAGCAAAUCAACAGUAAGAAUCUUUUUGUCUGUAUUGGUUGUCGAGACAUCCUUCUGGCUUUUAAUCUGAGCAGCACUUCACAGACAAUGCUGUACGUCUCAUGUGUACUUUAAUUCAGCUUUCAUAGUCCUUUUUCUGGCCAGUGAUUGAGGCACAACAGGAAGGAAAAGGAAGCUUGUCUAAGGAUGGCUGAUUUCCUUACAGUAGAGAGAGAGCAGUCUGCUGUUACUCAUCUGAAAACCUGAAAGUAAAAUCGCUAGAAGUGCACUGUGAUUAUUUUUUCUUUUGUUUUAGCUUUGAUAUACAACAAGGAAACAAUAGCAGUAAAUCACUGAGGGGAGAUCAAGUGACAUUUCUUCUGUAGAGUCUUGAAUUUGAGGUUUUUAUUACUUAUUUGUUGAAUCUAAUGCAUUAGGAGCAGCCAAAAAUUUCCUGCUGUUACUGCUACUUUUUAAGCAGUGAAGAAGUGUCCAGCAACCUUUGCUCUAAAUUUUGGUGCUUGAAACUUUACAACACCUCAUCAACCAACUAAAGUGUAAUGGUUUUGUGUAAUCUGAUGUAUGUAAAACAGGGGAAGGAUGUUUUUGUAACUUUUUAUUUGUAAAACAUUGCAUUGACAAUUGCAUCUAGGGAGUACUUUUCCCUUUGCCACUUUCUGACACAGAAAGCUCCUAAUACUGGGAAGUAAUUUCAGCAGUUGGUGAGAAUCAUCAUGGUGUCAAAGAUACCUGUGGAGUUUGUACACUGAAAUGAGCUGCUGCUGAGCCAGUGUCAUGGAUCAGGAUUCCAGUGUCUGCAAGUCUUGCCAAGUUGCCUGAAGACAAAUGAAUACUUGGUUUCUUCUUGAAGUACUGUUUGUAUGCAAAACAGAAUUUAAUUGAAGUGUUGUCUUUCCACAGCUUGUUUGUACUGGCUUUGGCCACGUUGACACCAGCUUUGUAUCAAUGCUGCAGUUAUUUGGAACUGAAUUCAAGAGAGCAACUUCAGCCUAUUUGAGGAUCUUUAAAUUCAUGGGGUGAUUUUUUUUUUUUUUUUUUUUAUUAACCCCACUGUGGAUGAACUGCUCUGUGCUUAUUCAGUAUCACUUUUAAAACCCUAGGGCUCUAUACUGGUUUACUCUUAGACGUCUUGAAGUGCACCCCAACUGGUGGCACACAUGGCUGGUAUAAUUUCAGACAUGGAAUGGGAAUACUUUCUUACCACGUUCUUGUUAGUUGUAUUUAGCACCUUCUCUGUGGACCUGCAAUGACUUCAUGGCUAAAGAUCUAGGCUAUGGUUUAAAAGUCUUGUCAGCAGAAGCAGUUGGGUGUGAGCUUGCCUCUAAAACCUUGAAGGAGAAGCAAUUCAAUGAUCUCGCCCAGAGAGGUUUGAAAAAUUGUUGAUGUCUAGAUUUCAGUGGUUGCAUUUGGAACAACUCCACAAACACUACAAUGGAAACAGGGUUUUUAAUGAUGUCAAAGAUGAGAUCAGACAUGAAUAACUAGACUGAGAGAAGGAAACUUUUCAGUGUGAUCACUUUUAUUUCUCAGAAAUGAGCACAAUUUAUUUCUGUGAAACAAUGUAUUUAUUUGUCAGUAUGUUUGACAGUGCAACUGCCCUUUUGUUUCUGUUAAUAUACCUGCAUUUGGACACAGUUUCCCUGUAUGUGAAGAUGAGGGAGGACGAUGAAUAUAAGCACUGAAAAAAUUGCCAUGACCAAAGGAGCUUUGGCUGCCUCCUGAAGACCUGAAUACUUCCUCCAAAGGGGCCUUUAGUUUUGGUGACCCUCAUACAGUGCCAUGUGGAUAGACUUGUACCUCUGGUCCAUUCAGGUUGAUGUGGCAGUUGGCUUAUGUGUAGAAUUGCCUUGGUUUUUGUCUCCCCAUUGCACCCGUUCCUCUUCCUUCCCCCUAAUGCCUGUGGGUUAUCAUGCAGCUUGAACAUUGUGUAGCCAGUGGAAGGGGAAGUUCUGUCUCCUCUUCUGAGAUGGCUUUUUUGAGUGACUUUCAGUAUUUUUUUUUUUCUCAAGCCUUAAGUUUGAUUGAUUAAAUAAAAUUUAAUGUUUUGUA